AUUUCUCUGUGACCCAAAGUUCAGUGAUGAAGAAGAUUUGGAGGAGAAGUUGGCAGUGUUCAAAGAGAAGUACAUGGAGUUUGACCUGAACAACCAAGGCGAGAUCGAUUUGAUGUCUGUCAAAAGGAUGAUGGAGAAGAUGGGGGCUCCAAAGACCCACCUAGAACUGAAGAAGAUGAUCUCUGAGGUGACUGGAGGGGUUAGCGAGACCAUCUCGUACCAGGACUUUGUCAACGUGAUGCUUGGGAAACGCUCUGCUGUGCUUAAACUGGUCAUGAUGUUUGAAGGAAAAGCCAAUGAAAGCAACCCAAAACCUUCUGGACCACCGCCAGAGAGAGACAUAGCCAGCCUCCCUUGAAGAGGACAGGCUGAAAAAUUGGCACUGUUUGCUUUGCUGGUCUGUAACAGAGAUUACCUGUGCUUUGUUACUCUUUACUGUGGACAGUCCUAGUUUUCAACUAACCUGCCUUAGAGGAACAGCAAGGGAAGCUGGAGACCCCCAGCUCGUGUCUUUCUGCUGCAUCCCUUAGCCAACUUGAUUUGUUAGACAGAAGCUGUAGCACCAAGUGUAAUGUGAGACCAAAAAAAAAACCAAA